AUGCGACGUUUCGAUACCAGCCUGGGAAACAGACUUUUGCUGCACGCCCCCCUUUCCUUCAUUACUGUGUAUUGUGGCAUGUACCGCCGUAUAUCCCACCCCUCCCGGGGAUAUUCUCCACUCUCUCUUCGUCCAAGUCCCUGUCAUUCCCAUUUUUCUCCCGCGCAAGCCCCCCCGUCACUCAAUCCCAGCGGACCCACCUCCGUCCGCACGUCCAAAGAUACGACUGGCUCUUCACAUCAACGCCACAACCACGGCCCUACGCCUCGAUCUGCACUACUAACGAUGAGAGACAAGGCUCCGAAUCCCUCCUUGCAGCUCGGGCUGGUGGGCUGA